UAAAAAUGCCAGGAGAGCCGUAUCGUGCGGAUGUGUCACAUGCACCGUACGCUAUAUAAAAAUAAAUUUUUACAUUUGAAAUUUUUAGAUCGAAUUUUCUAGAUGAAUUUAGUAAAAAUGCCAGGAGAGCCGUAUCGUGCGGAUGUGUCACAUGCACCGUACGCUAUUCCUGAUGGAACAGAAUCUGGAGAAAGCAAGGAAUUGUUAGGUGGAGAUUGCGGUCAUAGUAACCCAUUACAUUCAAGCCAUGGUGCAGCCUCGGGACCACUUUCCAGUACAACUUCAUCAAGAGGUGAUAUAAUACGACCUAACUCAGUAUCACCAUCAGAAUAUCAAUGCAACAAUAAUCACAGUAACAACGUCGGAUACGUACAAGCUAACGCUCAUAGAGACACCGGCUCCGCUGUCUAUCACACUUACAGCCAAAGAUCGCUUGAUCCAGCUAUCACCGGCUCCCAGAUUUAUCACUGUGUUAAUACAAACCAACGAUUGGAUGUAAAUAAUAAUUUCGAUUCGAAUGAAAAUUUUUCUUAUUCAAGUCUUACAACGAAAGCAAAAAAUCCACCACAACAGUACGUACAACACGUCGCAAAAGAUCCCCACAUGACGCAUAGCUCCGUCAAUGCCGGAGAGCCGGAUCGCCAUGGCCAACAUAUCAAAGCGGAAUAUUUGAAUCCAGAACUAUUUUCUCCGCGAUCACCAACAUCAGAUUCCUCUGGAUAUGAUCGUCAUCAUCUAACAUCUUCCGUUUCAUCCUCCUUGGACAAAUCGCCGACAAAAUCUGCAUCACUGGAUAUGAACGGUGGAACACCAUAUCAAGACGAUGACAAAGAAGACCGGAAGACAGGCGAGGAUCCAACAAAAGGCUGGCUAACAGCGAACGGGAGGAAAAAACGCGUCCCCUAUACAAAGUACCAGCUUUUAGAACUCGAGAAAGAAUUUCAUUACAACCAGUACUUAUCACGAGAACGCAGACAAGAGGUUGCUAAAGCUGUAUCCUUGUCAGAUAGACAAGUAAAGAUUUGGUUCCAAAACCGACGAAUGAAAUGGAAGAAGGAAAAGAAAGAAGAGAAGGUUCGAGAUAAUCUGAGCAUUCCUCCACCACCUCAUCUCUAUAAUCAUAAUACAGGCGGGCUUCAUCAGUCCCAUUUUUCUGCAUUAUCACAUUAUCCAGCGAUCAUAGGCCAUCAUCAUCCUCCCAGUGGAGGAAUAGGCGCCCAUGCUGCGCAUUUCAAUGGAUCUAUGACCAGUCACGGUCCGUCCGCUUCUCAAUUUCAGCAUGCUCCAUAUUCAUCGGGGCAUUCUGCCAUGAGUUCUCAGAUGGCUGCUGUCGACUUUUUCUCGUCGUUUCAACACCACCAUGGAUAUCCGGUUGCUCACGUAGCUCGCGACCCGUCUGCAGCAGCAGCAUUGCAGCUAGGCUGUAUGUACAAUUAACCAUUCUCUUAAAAGAAAAUUCUAUCUAGAAUUUUCAUGUGUUGUAAAACAGGGGUGCUCAGAACGUCGAUCUCAGAAACAGUAACGACGAAACCACGGGGAAGGUUCGUAUAAAUAUAGCAACGGGAAUUAAUAUUCCGUUUCUUGGACCCUUGCGCAAGUUAUUUUUCUGGAAAAAACGUCACGCUUGAAGCCUCAAAAUUGAAAGUAUGCUAUUUUGUUACUCUUCAGAUUUAAAACCCGAGCGACUUAAAGGAAUAUAGUAUAUGAUUGCGCUUUAUUGGCUGUUAAAAAAUAAAAUUGACUUGACUUGACAUUAGGAACCGAAACAUUAAAACCUUUCUAUUACUGUGUGUGUUCUCGUGUAUAAAAUAUGCACUUUUAUUUAUGAUUGUAUUUGAUGGAAAAGCUCGUUUACGUUUGAAAUAACUUAGAGCUUGAGCAGCAAUUAGCUUACUUCGCAUUUUUCUUACUUUAGCAUUCAAUGUGCCUGACAUUAUUAUGUGCCUAAUUUUGACCCUUUGAAUAUAGCUCGCCAAUUUGUGUUAGAUUUAUUUGUUACUAUAUUUUCUUAUAAUUUCAUAUAAAUUUAAGGGUAAUAGACAAAUACAUUCCUGUGUGCUUUA